CUUCUCUUUUAUCAUUUUCACAAAGAAAUGGAAAUCCUGGCUAGUUGGUGAAUGAACGUUGGUAGCUGCUUGUGGAAGUUGGAUCUAUCACUUUUUAUUUUGGGAGUCAAGUAUAGCCAUUGAUUAUUGGAGAUGGAGAAGAGUAAAGGGUUGCCUUUUUAUUAUGGCGUUCUUGGUGUUAGUUUGUGUUCUUCUGAUGAAGAAAUUCGACGUGCUUAUCGAAAGCUGGCAAUGCAAUGGCAUCCUGACAAGUGGACAAGAACCCCUGCACUUGUUGCUGAGGCCAACCAGAAGUUUCAGCAAAUUCAAGAAGCUUACUCAGUAUUAUCGGAUGCAAAAAAGCGAGCAUUAUACGAUGCAGAUCUGUGUGAUCCUGAUGAUGAUGAAAUUGAGGGAUUUGCUGAUUUUCUUCAAGAAAUGACGCCGCUUAUGAAUGAUGCCCGGAAAGAGGACAAAAUCUACAGCAUUGAAGAACUACGAAGCAUGUUUUGGGAGAUGUCAAAAAGCUUUGAGAUUAUUCCCGAAUGGAGUAGCGGUUCAAUGCAGCAACCUCCGCACGAGAAGCAGUGGCUACGUUGCCCCUUUACUCUUUAUGAGCCUGAAACCAUGACAAGAAAUUCAUGUGAAGCAACCGAUAUCGUUAAUCAACACUUAACCAUGUCUGCAGGCUUCGAUACUUAUGUUACAAAUCAUGUAUUCAGAUAAUCAGAAAUGGAGCCUUCCAAUUUUUGAUUCGGACAAACCAGUGUUCAUUACUACGUAUGAAUGGAGGAUGGAGGCAGCUGAUUUCUUGUUGAGUAUCUACAUAUAGCUUUUGUAAUUGGGGCUUUCAAUGACUGAAAAGUUUUCCGUAGUUGCAUAUUGGACUGGAACCCUGAAUCAGGGACUCAUCCACACAAACUUGGGGCUUUGUGGAUUCGGACAAAUGUAUUGUAAGGCCUUCUUAACCACAAUGCAGAAUAUUAUAAAAGGCAGUUAACUGAUCA